ACCCAGCCACAUGGUCCAAGCAUCUGCUGUGGGUGGAAUACGCACAUAACACCCUGCCCUGCUCUUCCACUGGUAUGUCACCAUUUGAAUGUGCCUAUGGUUAUCAACCCCCCAUGUUUCCUGCACUGGAGAGGGAGGUCGGGGUCCCUUCUGCUGUGACUGUGGUCCGACGUUGUCGGAGAACGUGGACGAGGGCUCGUCAGAUUCUCUUGAGGAUCAGGGAGGCGUACAAGAGGCAGGCCGACCGGCGGAGGUCCGCUGCUCCUCGUUAUCGUGUGGGUCAGAGGGUGUGGCUGGCUACCAAGGACUUGCCGCUGCGCAAUGAGUGCCCUUCCCAGGUCCAUGAGGGUUCACCCCACGUUCCAUGUGAGCAAGGUCAAGCCCGUCAAGGAGAGCGUUUUGGUGCCGGCCUCGCCUCCUCCUCCACCUCCUCGCCUCGUUGAUGGGGGUCCCGUGUAUACUGUCCGCCGUCUCUUGGCAGUUCGGAAACGGGGUCGUGGACGUCAGUUCCUGGUGGACUGGGAGGGAUACGGUCCAGAGGAGAGGUCCUGGGUCUCGGCCAGUAGCAUCCUGGAUCCCAGUCUCAUACAGGAUUUCUAUAGGCUCCACCCUGGGGUUCCUGGGCCGUCCGAUGUUCGGCCCUAGUGGGAAGGGUACUGUCAUGUUCCUGCUUUUAUUGUGUGUUGUUUUGUUCAUCUGCACUUCCUGUUUUAUUUUGACAUCAUUAGUCGCUCUUAUCCCAGGUCACUCGUCUUCCUCCCAUCGUUUGCUUUCCCGCCUGUUUGAUUACUGUCCCCGCCCCUAAUGUGUUUCACCUGUUUGUUUUCAGCUUCCCCAUUCAUAAAUACUCACCAGUCCCACUUCCCAGUGCCAGAUUGUAGUUGAACUUAUGUCACUCUCUCCAGCGUUUUCCUCCAGUGUUUGUAGUCCCGUGUUACUAGACCUCUUGCUUCGGUUCUCAACUACGAUUUUUUGCCUGCCGUUUUUGUAACUCUGCCUGCAUUUUGUUCUUGGAACAAUAAAGACUGUUACUUGUGACACCCCUCUGAGUCGUGCAUUU